GGAACAUUGAUAUAUACGCCAGCAAGCUGGGGGACGAGAAGCUUGGUAGGGAAUAUGUGUGGGGGGGAGGAAUGAGGAAAAAAAAAACCAACUGACUCGUCUUCUCCUCGGUAGAUAUCAAAGUCCGAGCAAAUGUCGCGGUCGAACUGCGAGACAGCAUCGAGCCGCUAUGCUCUGGCGCAAGCUACCCGAUAUUCCUGGCGAAGCUGUGGCCGGUGUUCAAGACGAUCUUGAAGGGGGACCCGGUCUUCACAAAUAUGUCCUAUGAACAGAAAUUACGCAAUUGCACACUCGAGACUCUCCACCGAUUACCCACCGCUUCCCCCGACGCAGAACCGUACGCCGCGGACAUGGUGGACCUAUUGAUGGACCUGGUGCGCAUCGAAAACGAGGAGAACGCUGUGCUCUGCAUGAAGACGAUUAUGGAUCUGGAGCGACACCAGGCCAAGGCCACCGCGUCCAAGGUUCAACCGUUCCUCGAGCUCAUCCAGGAGAUGUUCCAGACCAUGGAACAGGUCGUGCGCGAUACCUUCGAUUCCCCCGGCCAGGUGGCCCCCGCUGGCAUGCCCUCGACCCCCGGCGCUUCGGCCCAGAAUUUCCAGUCUCCGCGCCCAAGCUCGCCCGUCACCUCCGUGUCGGACCUGGGGUCGGACCAACAGUCCAGUAAUGUGCUGCUGAAGGGCAUGCAGUCCUUCAAGGUCCUGGCUGAGUGCCCGAUCAUCGUCGUCUCCAUCUUCCAAACCCAUCGGGCAUCCGUCGCCGCCAAUGUCAAGCUCUUUGUCCCCUUGAUCAAGAGCAUCUUGCUGUUGCAGGCAAAGCCGCAGGAGAGAGCUCAUGCAGAGGCCGCCGCUCAAGGGAAAAUCUUCACCGGUGUCUGCAAAGAGAUCAAGAAUCGCGCGGCCUUUGGCGAGUUCAUCACCGCCCAAGUCAAGACAAUGAGUUUCCUGGCAUACCUGCUACGUAUGUCCCAUCAAUUACAGGACUUUUUGCCCACGUUGCCCUCUGUGGUCGUGCGUUUACUACAGGACUGCCCGCGAGAGAAGUCGAGCGCGCGAAAGGAACUCCUGGUCGCCAUUCGCCACAUCAUCAACAUCAACUACCGCAAGAUCUUCCUGGAGAAGAUUGACGAGCUGCUGGAUGAGCGGACAUUGAUCGGCGACGGCUUGACGGUCUAUGAAGCGAUGCGACCGCUGGCAUACAGCAUGCUUGCGGACCUCAUUCACCACGUGCGAGAUCACCUCAACCGCGACCAGAUCCGUCGUACCGUCGAGGUUUACACCAAAAACUUACACGAUGAUUUCCCUGGCACCAGCUUUCAGACCAUGAGCGCCAAGCUUCUCCUCAACAUGGCAGAGAAUAUUUCCAAGUUGGAGGAUAAGCGUGAAGCCCGCUAUUUCCUGAUCAUGAUCCUGGAUGCGAUCGGCGACAAGUUCGCCUCGAUGAACUAUCAGUUUGAUAACGCCGUCAAGGUUUCCAAGGCGUACAAAGCAUCAAGGAAGGAGUUUGAGCUCUCGUCGGAAAACUAUCUUGUGGACAAGGAUCAACCGCCUGACUGGGAUGAAAUCGACAUAUUUUCUGCCUCGCCCAUCAAGACGUCGAACCCUGAUCGUGGCGGUGAUCCUGUAUCGGACAACCUGUUUCUCUUCAAGAACCUGAUCAAUGGACUGAAGAACAUCUUCCACCAGCUCAAGAACUGCAACCCGGAUCACAUCCAAAUCGACCCAAGCAGCGUUCCGAUCAAUUGGUCGGAAGUCUCGUAUGGGUACAAUGCAGAGGAGGUCCAGGUCAUCAAGAAGUUGUUCCACGAAGGUGCACGGGUCUUCCGGUACUAUGGAGUCGAUCAGCCUCCUCCAGAAAACAACUACUCGUCUCCCUUUGAUUUCCUGGCCAGCCAGUAUACUGCCCCGAUGACCCGGGAGGAGAAAGAACUGCUGGAAAGCUUCGGCACCGUCUUCCACUGCAUCGACACGGCCACUUUCCACGAGGUCUUCCACUCCGAGAUCCCCUAUCUCCAUGAACUCAUGUUCGAGCACGGGGCUCUCCUUCAUCUGCCUCAGUUCUUCUUGGCCAGCGAGGCCACAUCGCCGGCCUUCUCUGGCAUGGUGCUCCAGUAUCUCAUGAAUCGCAUCCACGAAGUCGGAACGUCCGACAUGACCAAGGCUAAGAUUCUCUUGCGGAUGUUCAAGCUCUCUUUCAUGGCGGUGACGCUCUUUUCCGUCCAGAACGAACAGGUCUUGCACCCUCACGUCACGAAGAUUGUGACGAAAUGUAUCGAGCUCUCCGUGACGGCGGAAGAGCCCAUGAACUAUUUCUUGCUGCUCCGUUCGCUCUUCCGAAGCAUUGGUGGUGGUCGCUUCGAGCUCCUAUACAAAGAAAUCCUGCCUCUGCUUGAAAUGCUCCUCGAGACCUUCAACAACCUGCUGCUUGCGGCCAGGAAGCCCCAGGAACGCGACCUCUACGUCGAGCUUACUCUCACAGUCCCCGCGCGUCUCAGCCAUCUCCUCCCUCAUCUGAGCUAUCUGAUGCGACCGAUUGUUGUGGCCCUGCGUGCAGACUCUGAUCUCGUGGGGCAGGGUCUUCGGACGCUCGAGCUCUGCGUGGAUAACCUGACUGCUGAUUACCUGGACCCGAUCAUGGCGCCCAUCAUGGACGAACUGAUGAUGGCUCUCUGGGACCAUCUCCGACCACAUCCUUACAAUCAUUUCCAUGCUCAUACCACGAUGCGCAUCUUAGGGAAGCUCGGAGGUCGCAACCGGAAGUUCCUGAACCAUCCUCCCGAGCUGACCUUCCAGGCCUUCUCCGAUGACAACCCCAGCUUCGAUCUCAAACUCAUCGGUCCCAGUGAGAAGCGACCUUUUCCCGUCGAUAUCGGUCUCGACCUGGCGAUCGGCAAGCUGAUGGAGGUUCCCAAGACCGCAGCAGCAAAGGCAUCGGAUAAUUACUACAAGCAGCAGGCAUACCGGAUGCUCAGCGCCCAACUGAAGAUCUACAUUGGGUACGAGAACCUGCCAGAUGACUUCGCCUCACUCUUGCGCCUCCAGGCAAAUGAUCUAUUCGAGGGGCAAGUUGCCGGGGCUUCCGACAUCAUGGACAAGUCUGAGAGAUCGAGUUCGAUCCCAAAGAAGACAAAGCAGGAGGAGACGUUGAAGAAACUGCUGAAAGCUUGUAUCUUCGCUACUACGGUUCCAGGCCUCGAGCAAUCAGCAAAGACCUUUGUGGCAGAUGUCUGUAAGCAUUUCAUGGUCGUUGAGGUUGGCCGAGCGCUCGCCCAGAACCGUCACAACCGCAAACCUUUUGACGUGCAUAAUGGCGAAGGCCCGAUUCACCUGGAUUCUCGUAUCCUCGCUGAAGCUAUCAUCGAGUCGCUUUCGUCAGAUCAUGUCGAAGUACGUGAGGCCGCCCAGGCUGCCAUGGAGGUCAUGAAGGACGCGGCCACGGUGAUAUUCGGAUCUUCCGAAAAGGCAGCGAAACUCCCUUUCUUUCACCAUCUCGCACGCACGUUCUGCCAUUGCUGCCAUAGCGAAGAGUGGUUCACCAAGGCGGGAGGUAGUCUGGGGAUUCAUCUCUUUGCUACCGAUCUCGACUUGGGCGAUACCUGGCUCUAUGAAAAGCAGACUGAGUUCGUCCGGGCCCUGUUGUAUGUGGUCAAGGACACACCCUCCGACCUCCCUGCAAGUACCCGAAGCCGGGCACAGGAGACCUUGGACUUGAUCCUCCGCAGAUGCAACAAGAACGUCUCCAAAGAUGAUCUGAAGAACGAGAAGAGCCGAUUAUACUCUCUCUGUGGGUUCUUCGUCUACGAACUCUCACACAUGAACAAAUACGUCCGUGAGACAUCACGGAAGAGCUUCUCAACCAUUGCGAAGGUCAUCGGGUGCCAGGUCUACGAACUUAUCCUCCCGGUGAAAGAUCGUUUGUUGCUUUCGAUUUUCAAUAAACCCCUGCGUGCACUACCUUUCCCAACGCAGAUCGGUUUCAUCGAUGCCAUUACUUUUUGCCUGAGUCUCCAUAACGGCAUUGUGACAUUCAACGAGCCGCUGAACAGGUUGAUGCUGGAGUCGCUGGCCCUCGCGGACGCAGAUGACGAGUCCCUUGCCUCUAAGCCCAAUGAGUUCAAAAAUGCCGAGAUGAUUGUCAACCUCCGGGUCGCUUGUCUCCGUCUUUUGUCCAUGGCGAUGGGGUUCCCUGAAUUCGCCAACACCCCUCAGAACACGAGUCGCGCCCGAAUAAUUUCCGUCUUCUUCAAAUCCUUGUACUCGCGAUCUCCGGAUGUGAUUGAGGCCGCCAACGCAGGUCUUCGAGAUGUGCUCACACAGACCAACAAGCUUCCCAAGGAUCUUUUGCAGAAUGGCCUUCGCCCGAUCCUAAUGAACUUGCAGGAUCCCAAGCGUCUCAGCGUGGCAGGUCUAGACGGGCUGGCACGACUGCUCACUUUGCUCACCAAUUACUUCAAAGUUGAGAUUGGGGCGCGUCUUUUGGAUCACAUGAAGGUCAUCGCCGAUGAUGCGACUCUCCAAAAAGUGUCCUUUAGUCUGGUUGAGCAAAGUCCCCCGAUGAAGAUCGUCGCGGCCAUAUUUAACAUCUUCCACCUGCUCCCGCCGGCAGCCACAUCUUUCAUGGAACACCUCGUCAAUAAGGUACUGGAUCUAGAAGACAAGUUGCGCAGAACGUGCAACAGCCCCUUUCGCAGGCCGCUUGUUAAGUAUCUCAACCGAUACCCGAAGGAUAGUCUGUCCUUCUUCCAAAGUCGCUUCCACGAGGAGCGCUUUGGCCGGUUCUUCGGGCAAGUGCUAGCGGACCCAGAAAGCGAAGCCUUACGCUCGGCACUCGUCGCCGAUACGGAGAAGUUUGUUUCCAUCGCGUUCGGCGGCGAGCCUACGGAACAUCAGAAUACCGCCGCUAUCAACGGGAUCUACAUUGUCCACUCCAUCUGUACCCACGCAUCCACCAAGAAAUGGCUAGUGUCGCAUGCGAACCUCAGAGCAAAACUUCUCAGCGCCGGACGGGACCUGGAGAGGAAACUGCGGAGCGACAAACUGGCAGUAAAUGAACGGCUGCGAGUUGAACAGGCCGAGGACCAACUGAUGGAGAUCUUUACCAUUUAUCUAGGGGAGUCCCUUCAGGAUCUGGACUUCCUUUUCGAGGUCAUUGAAGGGCUCUCUGCGGAUGAGCUGAAACGUACGCUGGCGUUCCCUAAGUUCAUCUAUCACCACAUCAUCACAAACGAGUCCAUCGACUAUCGGCGUUCUGUGAUCAUGCGAUGCCUUGAUCUCUAUAGUCAACGGCCUUGUUCGCAAAAGACCAAGACCUAUGCCUUCCGCCAUCUGGUGAAUCCAAUCUUUGCCAAGGAUGUGCAGACCAAUUGGAACAGCCCACCAAAUUCCCCUAAACUGAUGGACAAGAGCAUGACGGAAUCCAUUCAAGGCCGGCUUUGGAAGCCUCAGCUGGGAGAUCUCAGUGAUGAGUCUCACCAACCAGGAGUAGAUCACUCUCGUAUGGAACUGCUCCAGUUGUCUGCCUUGCUCAUCAAAUAUCACCAUCAAACCGUGCAGGACUCGCGCAAGGAUAUCAUCAAGUUUGCAUGGAACUACAUCCGGUUGGAAGACACGAUCAAUAAAUAUGCUGCAUACGUUCUUAUCAGUUACUUCAUCGCCCAUUAUGAAACGCCAUUCAAGAUUGUGAUUCAGGUCUACGUGGCUCUACUUAGAGCCCAUCAGAAUGAGGGCAAAGCACUAGUCACCCAAGCUCUGGAUGUUCUUGCGCCGGUCUUACCCACGCGCAUAUCGAACGCGAAUGGCGGCAACCAAGGGGAUGCACGGUAUCCACUAUGGGCAAAGUGGCCUCGACGCAUCCUCGCCGAGGAAACCGCGAAUCUACAGCAGGUGAUGAGCAUAUUCCAGUUCCUGGUCCGGCAGCCAGAUCUCUUCUAUGAUUCGCGAGAGCACUUUAUUCCUCUCAUUGUGCCAUCGCUGAUCAAAAUCGCGACGCCGCCCAACUCGUCCAACGAGAGCAAGAAACUGGCCUUGAACCUCAUCGGGCUCGUUUGGACCUGGGAAGAGAAGCGGGUCAAGCUGAGCAAGGACAGUGCCACGCCCAACGGGGCUCAGGACUCGCCGGUUUCCAAGAAGCGUAAGCUUGAGGAAACACCCGCGGCGUCCUCUCCAUCACGAAGCCUUGGGCCCCCAGGAUCCCGUGAACGCGCAGAGUAUAUGGUUACAUCGGAACUUCGGGCUGCUAUGACAAAAUACCUGAUCACCUUGAUUACAACGAUUCCCGAGCGAUUCCCGGUUCCAGCGGCACGGAUUCGCGAGUCUUCAUCAACGAAACAGCAGCCCACAAUCAUGACCGGUGAGAUGAUCAAGAAAGCCGUUCAUCUCCUCCGGAACCUCCUUUCGCCUGACUACUGGGGUGAUAUCGAUGUGGACCUGUACCAGAAGGUGACGGAGCCAAUUCUCGCUGGGGAGAAGGCCGACAAGCCGGAUGAAAAGCACAUCAAUAGUAUGAUCAACGCGUUGCAGGUCAUGCGUGUGCUUCUUUCUCACAAGCCCAACGAUUGGAUCAUGGCUCGUCUGCCCUUGAUUCAGAAGUUGUUUGAGAAGCCGUUGCGUUCUGAGAACCCAGAGAUCCAAGAUUCACUACACGGAUUUGAGGAUGAGAUGGACGUUCCUGUGAAACUGCCUCCUCCCGUCCAGCGCGUUCUCGAUGCUUUACCAGAUGAUCAGCCGGAGGACGAAGAUGCGAUGGACGUGGAGAACUCACCGUCUGAAUUUGUGACGUACUUGUCGGCCAUUGCUACGGAAACUCUCUCGGCGAACAACUACGUGUCGAGCCUGAAUAUCCUUUGGAGCCUAUCCAAGAAGAAGCCCGCAGAGAUGGAUGUCCACAUUCCCCAGGUCAUGAAAGCGUUUUCUCAGAAGCUUGCCAAGGAACAUGUCGCCGCCUGUGCGAACACCCAGCCUCCUAACCCCCAGCACGGUGCUAAACCCCUCGAGGAAUCACCGGACCAGCAGGAAUUCGAAAUUGGAGUCGACUUGAUCUUCAAGACCAUCGAGCUGAUCUCUGUGCGCAUGUCCCACCUUGGAGAACAAAGGCGUCCGUUCCUGAGCGUUUUGGCGCAGCUCGUGGAACGUUCACACAACGUGAAGCUCUGCAGUAAGGUUCUAGGAAUGGUUGAAACUUGGAUCUUCCAUUCUACCGAGUCAUGGCCAACCCUCAAGGAAAAGACUGCCGUCCUGCACAAGAUGCUUCUCUUUGAGUCUCGAACCGACCAAACCAUGCUUAAGAAAUUCCUUGACCUUGUGAUCAGAAUAUACGAGGAUUCGAAGAUCACUCGCACUGAGUUGACAGUUCGGCUGGAGCAUGCGUUCCUGAUCGGUACCCGGGCGCAGGAUGUCGAGAUGCGCAAUCGCUUUAUGACCAUCUUCGACAGAAGCUUAACCCGACUGGCCAACUCGCGUCUCAGCUACGUCUUGACGUGCCAAAACUGGGAUACUCUCGCAGAUUCCUUCUGGCUGGCUCAAGCCUCCCAUCUGAUUCUCGGCUGCGUUGACAUGACAACUUCCGCAAGACUACACCCUGAUGACUUCACCAUCUACCCCUUGUCAUUCCUUUUCGGUGGUGCUGAAAAGGACUCGAGAAGGACCGAUGUCAUGGUUGACACCCAACUCGAAUCCUUCGUCGCCGAUCGCAAGCGAUUCAUAGGAGAAAUCGGCGAGGUCAAGGUUCGCGAUCUGAUCGAACCCCUCUGCCAGCUUCAACAUACGGAUUCCAAUGUAGCCUACAAGCUGUGGACCACCUUGUUCGUCAUCUUCUGGUCGACGCUGUCUCGAGAGGAGCGCAGCGAUCUAGAGAAAGGAAUGGUGACCUUGAUCACCCGCGAGUACCACCAGAGACAGCUUGAUAAGCGUCCCAAUGUUGUUCAGGCACUUUUGGACGGCGCUGUUCAUGCCAAGCCCCGGUUCAAGAUUCCUCCCCACGUUAUGAAGUAUCUGAGCCGCACCUACGACGCCUGGUACACGGCUGCGACUUAUCUCGAGGAAACGGCAAUCAGCCCCAUCAUCGAUACUCCCACGGUUCGUGAGAGUAACCUUGAUGCCCUUGUGGAGGUUUACGCGGGACUGCAAGAGGACGACUUCUUCUACGGAACCUGGCGCCGUCGAUGCAAGUUUGUGGAGACGAACGCUGCCAUCUCAUACGAACAACAGGGAAUGUGGGAUAAAUCCCAGCAGCUGUACGAGAAUGCACAGAUCAAGGCUCGUUCUGGAGCCAUGCCGUUCUCGCAAGGUGAAUACUACCUCUGGGAAGACCAUUGGCUGAUCUGCGCCCAGAAGCUCCAGCAAUGGGAGAUUCUCAGUGAUUUUGCCAAGCAUGAGAAUUUGAACGAUCUGCUGCUGGAGGCCGCUUGGAGAAACAUCGAGAAUUGGCAGAGCGAAGGCAACCGUGAACAGCUUGAGUCGUUGAUCAAGUCGGUUUCCGACGCUCCCACACCGCGUCGGACGUUUUUCCAGGCCUUCAUGGCUCUCCUACAGUUCCACCUGAAGAAGGAGAACAUCCAAGAUUUCAAUAACAUUUGUGACGAGUCAAUCCAACUCUCCAUCCGCAAGUGGCUUCAGUUGCCAAAGAGAAUCACGAAUGCCCACAUUCCAAUCCUGCAGCAUUUCCAGUUGCUGGUGGAAUUGCAUGACGCCAGUCACAUCUGCACCAGCCUGUCACAGACCAACGAGCGGAACUUGGACACUAAGUCUGCGGAGCUGAAGCUCUUGCUUGGGACGUGGCGAGACCGCCUGCCAAAUCUCUGGGACGAUAUCAACGCUUGGCAAGAUCUUGUUACGUGGCGACAGCACAUUUUCCAGCUCAUCAACGCAACCUACCUCAGCCUUUUGCCUCCUCAGACAAACAAUGUUGCUAGCAACUCGUAUGCCUAUCGCGGAUACCACGAGACGGCAUGGAUCAUCAACAGGUUUGCCCACGUCGCCCGCAAGCAUCAAAUGCCUGAAGUUUGUAUCAAUCAGCUCAGCCGCAUCUAUACCUUGCCCAACAUUGAGAUCCAGGAGGCAUUCUUGAAGCUGAGGGAGCAAGCCAAGUGUCACUACCAGAAUCCCAAAGAGCUCAAUAGUGGUCUCGAUGUGAUCAACAACACCAACCUCAACUACUUUGGCGCGCAGCAGAAAGCCGAAUUCUACACGCUCAAGGGCAUGUUUCUUGCCAAACUUAACCAUGUCAAUGAGGCGAAUGAGGCGUUUGGUGUUGCUCUUUACUACGAUCUGAGACUCGCCAAGGCCUGGGCUGAAUGGGGCCAGUACAGUGAUCAGCGCUUCAAGGCUGACUCUACCGACUAUGAGCUGGCUAGCAAUGCCGUGAGUUGCUAUCUGGAGGCUGCAGGCCUGUACAAGAACGCCAAAUCCCGCAAGCUGCUGAGCCGCAUCUUGUGGCUGCUUAGCUUAGACAACGAGGAAGGAAAGAUUGCCAGCGCGUUUGAGAACUUCAAGGGUGAUACACCGGUUUGGUACUGGAUCACCUUUAUCCCGCAACUUCUUACCAGCUUGUCCCAUCGAGAAGCCCGCCUCUGUAAAGCUGUUCUCACUAAGAUCGCCAAGCUCUAUCCUCAGGCGCUCUUCUUCCUUCUCCGAACGAACAGAGAAGACAUGCUUAGCAUCAAGAAGCAGCACGAUCAGAAGCAAGAGAAGCUUGCCCGUGCCAGGCAGCAAGCCUCUCCCAACAUCCGCACGCCACAGUCGAAUACGGACGGUGCCAAUCCACAAAACACCCAGGCCGCAGCCACCGCCGGCGCCAUUGCCAAUGCUAACACGAACGCCAAUACGCAGCAGCUGCCACAGAGCCAAUCCCAGUCUCCGGCUCAGCCUCAUCAACAGGCACCGGCUCCGAAUCAGCCUCAGGCACAAGGGCAGGGACAGGUACCCUCGCAAGGGCAAGGACCUCAGCCUCAGAAUCAACCCCAAGGCCAGCCGCAAGUUCAAGGGCAAGCACAGAUGCAACAGCCUCAAACCCAACAACAGGGCCAUCUUCAGGUUCCUGCCCCCAAUAACGCUGGACAGCAGCAGAACGCGAAUGGUACCAGCGCUGCAGAGGGCGAUUUAUCGAAGGAGCCCACCAGGAAGCCAUGGGAGUAUUCGGACGAGAUCAUGUCUGGUCUCAAAACCGCAUUCCCUCUACUUGCACUGUCGAUGGAGACAAUGGUUGAUCAAAUCCACAAGAACUUUAAAUGCCCUCCUGACGAAGACGCCUACCGUCUAAUCGUCGCGCUGCUGAACGAUGGAUUGGCCUACGUUGGCCGUAUGCCGGCAUCAUAUGCGCAGGACUUCAAACUCCCUGUCGCCACCGAGGCCAACAUCACCAGGUUUGCCGAGACCAUUCUGCCGGCUCAUAUCCGCAAGUCCUUUGAAGCCGACUUCGUGAUCAAAAAGCCAACGAUGUACGAAUACAUCCAGAAACUGCGACGCUGGCGUGACCGAUUCGAGGAGAAGCUCGACCGACGAACGCAGACACAGUUCCUUGAGUCGUACUCCCCUCACCUCAGCGAGUUCCGUUUCCUCAAGUUCGACGAGGUCGAAGUGCCCGGGCAGUAUCUUCUACACAAGGACAAGAAUCAAGAUUUCGUUCGGAUCGAUCGGUUCCUGCCAGACAUCGAUCUGGUCCGUGGCAUUGGGGUUUGUCAUCGUCGUCUCAAAAUCCGUGGCCAUGACGGAAGCGUACAUCAGUUCGCUGUCCAGCAUCCUGCAGCUCGCCACUGUCGACGCGAGGAACGCAUUCUCCAGCUUUUCCGCAUCUUCAACGGUCUGUUGUCAAAGAGGAAGGAAAGCAGGCGUCGUAAUCUGUACUUCCACCUGCCCCUCAUGGUACCGUUGGCUCCUCACAUCCGCUUGGUUCGUGAUGACCCGUCGUACAUCUCGAUGCAGGGUAUUUACGAGGAUUACUGCCGGAGAGUGGGUAUAAACAAGGAUGAACCAGUGCUGUUCACUAUGGAGAAGAUGAGAUCCCUGGCCGAGACUAAACAAAACCGAACUCCGGAUCAGCAGCAAGUCUUACGGACCGAGAUCCUCACAGCCAUCCAAGAGAAAUGGGUGCCCAGCACGGUCAUCUUGGACUACUUCCAGCAGACGUACCCUAACUUCUCGGACUUCUGGCUCUUCCGCCGGCAGUUCUCUUACCAGUAUGCAGCUCUGGCAUUCAUCACCUACGUGAUGCACAUGGGCAACCGGUAUCCCAACAAACUCAUGAUCUCUCGGUCUUCCGGCGAUAUAUGGGGCACAGAGCUCAUCCCAUCCAUCAUCCCCGGCAAGGCCAUCUUCCAUAACCCGGAGCAAGUUCCCUUCCGUUUCACGCCUAACAUCCAGACCCUCAUGGGACCCAUCGCGACGGAGGGUCUCUUCACCUGCGCCCUGAUGGCCAUCGCUCGCUGUCUUACCGAGCCCCGCCACGAGCUGGAACAGCAUCUGAGUGUCUUCGUGCGCGAUGAGAUGAUGUUCUGGGCAACUGCCCAGCACCGUGGCGUCCUGCCUGUCCCACAGCUGCGCGAGCUGGUCUAUACCAACAGCGAUGCAUUGGUGAAUCGGGCUGUGAGCCUGGCGAGCCCGCCGGAGGGUAAUCUGCCAGCCAACCAGACAACCAUCGAUAUGAUCUCGCGGGCCGCAAAUCCACAGUACCUAGCUUCGUGCGAUGCCUUGUGGAUGCCAUACCUCUGAAUCAGGAGACGGAUCGGGAUCUCUUCAUUUUUCUUAUUUGUGCUAUUUACAUUUCUUCUCUUCCUUCGGAGUUCUAGCGUGGCGCUCAUGGCAACGGUAUUAUCUCUCUGUAUGGAUAUGAUAAUGAGCUUGAUUUCUUGCUUUCAUGGGUUUUUUCCCCCCCUUUUUCUUCCAAUUUCAACCUUGCUAUUUGUACUAUCAGAAU